UUAUCGAUCUGAACGAUACGAAGAAAUGAAAGUGAACGAUACGAAGAAAUGAAAGUGAACUCGUGUCUGUGAUCGAUGUCGGUGUGAACUGACACUGUUAGUACCGUGUUAAAUUGAUUUAAAAACACGGUAAUGCGUCUUUUAUUGGCCGUCCGCUGAAGAUAUGACGUUCUGCGUGCCGCUCACGUGCUGAUCAACGUAGUGAACUUCUGUCACUGUUAUUUUUAGUUCAUUUUUUAACUGUGCAAUGGAGUCUCUGUCGGGGAAUUAUAUUUCUCAGCUGAACGAGUACCAGCAGAAGACUCAGUGCAGCGUGGAGUAUGAGGAGGGAUCCACAGAUGGACCGAGUCACAACAAAACGUUCACUAUGAGGGCUGUUGUGAACGGACAGCGGUAUUCUGAGGGCACUGGGAAAACCAAGAAAGAGGCCAAGCAGAACGCCGCAAAGAACGCGCUUAAUGGCAUAAACAUCACUCAAAAUAUUGAACCUACAACGUCAUCUGUUCAAAACACUCCCAACAAUAUGACUGUAUCUCAGAGAAAUUAUAUUUGCUGGCUCAAUGAAUAUUCAAUGAAGAACAAGUUAUUAUUCGAGGCUUGUGAGUCCACAAAUCCAGGAAACACUGCUCAAUUGGGUACUUAUGUUUGUAAGUACGUUUGUGGUGUUAGAGAGUUUCCCGAGGCUUAUGGAAAUAAUAAGAAGGAUGCUAAAGAAGCAGCGGCAAAAUGUGUUUAUGAAGAGCUACUCAAAACACAAGAUGCAGAGGUCUUCAAUGACAACAGCAAUCGAACACAGAUGUCAGAGGUUGCGUCUCGUAGUGCUAGCCUGGACCGUGCCAGUUUGAGUUUUGCUGAUGAAUCUCGAAGCACCGUCCCUGACAGCAACUACAUAGCACUUCUCAAUAACUACAGCCAGAAAUAUAAACAUGCACUUGAUUUCAAAUUAGUGGAGAAACGAGGCCCUCCUCACAACCCUGAGUUUGUAUAUAAAGUUGUCAUAGACGGGAAGGAAUACCCUGAAGGACAAGGAAAGAGCGCAAAAGAGGCAAAGCAACAUGCUGCUCAGCACGCUUGGAGCGAAAUUAAUGAGCAAUCUGGAAGGACCACACAGAGUUCUGAAAAUGACAGCUCUUCACAAACUCAAGAGACAUCUAAAUCUCAGGAUGCACAACACUCCUCAAAAAGCUCGUCUGAAACUCCCAGCUCAAGUUCUUCCAUUGUCUUCAAAGACUCAUCUGCUGUCAGUUCUCCAAUGGCCAUAAGUCCUAGUGCGAGUCCACUGGAUGUGAAGCCCAAAAUAAAAUUAGCACCAAAUUUUCAUCUGUCACCAAAUGGCCUGGCCGGGAGUAAAGAGGUUGGUCCUAACAUGAAUGUACAAAACCCAGCAAAGCCAUCUGGAGGUCAAACUUCAAACCAAGCUACGAAGUCAAGGUUUUUAGAAGACUUUGACUCAAUAAAUCCAAUUGGCAAAGGUGGCUUCGGCCGUGUUUUCAAGGCAAGACGAAAGCUUGAGAACACAUAUUAUGCAGUGAAGAUAGUGAAGAGUACAAAAAAAGCUCGUCGUGAGGUCGGUGCAUUGGCUAAGUUUAAUAACGCCAACAUCGUCCGCUACUACUCAUGUUGGGUCGAAGACACGACGUACAGACACGAUUCUUCAGAGAGCUAUAGCCUCUCAGAUUCUGGCAGUGACCCGGGAACAAAGUUCCUCUACAUUCAGAUGGAGUUUUGUGAGGGAGACACGCUUCAUGCCUGGAUUUAUAAAAGAAACUCUUCAAAUGUUCAUGACCCAGAAAGGAGGACGGAGGCAGCACAGAUCAACAGGCAGGUGCUGAAGGCCGUGGAGUACAUCCACAAAGAGGGCUUGAUCCACAGAGACCUGAAGCCUUUGAACAUAAUGUUCAGCAGUGAGGGAACAGUAAAGGUUGGAGACUUCGGCCUCGUGACCGCAGCAGAAAAUGACAAUGACCAGCAACUGCUGGAACGGACUAAAAGGACAGGAACCCGUAUUUACAUGAGCCCAGAACAGGCGAAUCAAACAUCGUAUGACAGAAAGGUGGAUAUAUACGCUCUGGGUCUCAUUUAUUUUGAACUCAUCUGGAAUCUCUUCACGUUGCAUGAAAGGAAAAAGAUUUGGGAUGAUAUAAGAAGUAGGGAUUUUCCAUCACAGUUCUCCAAGAAAUGUAACUUUGAGCACAAGCUCAUAGAUCGAAUGCUGAGUCCCAGUCCUGACGAGAGACCAGAAGCCUCCGAGCUGAUCAGUGAGCUGGACCGAUAUACUAACAUCCUGAAUGCAGAUAAAGACAACAGGACCAUUUAAUGAGAUCUCAUCUCAUCUUAUAUGCCUUUAUAAUAAUAGCAGUUGCUUAUACUGUAACAUUCAAGGUGAAGCAUUUAGCAGAUGCUUCCAUAGAGCAACUUACAAAAAGGUUCACACGGCAAGUGUGCAAUUCUUAAAAAAAUACUAUGAGGGGGAAGUUGUUGUAAAAAAAAAAUGUCAUAAUUUACUCAUCCUUAAUGCCGUUCUUCUGUGGAAAAUAUGUAGUAGAAUGCCUGCUGUGUUCUGUAGAACACAAAAGAAAGAAAAACAAGAGCAAAAAGGUAUAAAGUCAGUUUAUUCAAUUCAAGUUUAUUUGUAUAGCGCUUUUCACAAAUCGUUGCAAAGCAACUUUACAGCAAAUUAAGUUUCUACAAUAUUUAGUGGUAGCUUAUCAGUUUAUCUUGUGUCUAACUCCUCUCUGAUCAUGCUGUUGUAUUACUGUAAUUCAGUCUGUAUUUUUACAUGAAUUUAUCAUGUCAAGAAUCAAUGGUUGACGGAUAUAACUUGAGUGUUGAUUCACUCAGUUUCUAUUUACAUGAAUUUCCUUUGGAACAGAAGUUGAAUCCAUUUAGCUGUCAGUCUUUAUUGUGAACCUGUCUGUAUUGCAUAAUAUUCUGUAACAAUAAAUCAUGAGCUUU